AUGGAGCAAUCAAAUAACCCGCAAGCGCGGGCCCUGCCGAAGCCUAGCAAAAUGAAUUACGCCUGCGAGGCAUGUCGGAUUUCCAAGGUUAAAUGCCAACCUAGCUCGCAACCAGGGAUAUGCAAGCGGUAUGGCGCCAUCAUUACUAGUUCAUUGGUCGUCAAAGAGGCUCUUCCUCCUCCGCCUGGUCCAAGCAAGACCUUCAGCAUCGACUUCACCAUGCCGGCGGAUGAUGACCUGCGCGAUAAUUUCGACGAUCUUAGGGAGAAGCACGAACGCUUCAUCGACAGCCUCGUGCCGUCUAGCGAAGACGAAGAGCUGGGAGAUGAUUCGGCGAUAAUGUCACCGUCGGCCGGACAGAUGUUCAGUUUUAACGACCUCUCGAUGCCAACGCCGUCGUUGACGACGGGAAGCACGACGUCGACGAACUCGCGGCCGGUGAGUAGCUUGGCUAUUAAGCCGCAGUUCAACCUCGACUCGGCGGCAAAGCUGCUCGAAUCAUUCCGGUCUACGCUCCCGUACUGUCCGUGCAUCGUGCUGCCCGAUGACGCUGACGUUCGAUCUAUGGCCCGCAACACGCCAUUCGUGAUUUUAGCUAUCCUCGCCGUGACGAGUUGCUCUACGAGCCUACAGGGUCACAGUCUCUACGACGAUGAAUUUCGUAAGAUUCUAGCUUUGAAAUUCGUCGCCGGAGGUGAAAGAUCCGUUGAGCUACUACAAGGUCUAAUUAUCUACUGUUCUUGGUACCCGUUUCAUCUACGCCCAAAGAACAGACAAUUAGUGCAAUACCUGCGCAUGGCUGUUGACAUAGUUCAUGACCUAGAGUUAGACGAGGAGAAAGAUAUGAACCUUGCGGCGCUUUCACCCGAGCGAAGAGAAAUGAAACUUCAGGGUAUCAGGGCAUACCUUGCAUGCUUUUACAAUGUCUCAUUUUCUUCAUGGACAUGGUCAAAACCCUACAGUUUAACAUACACGUCAUGGAUGACCAAAUGUUGCGAUUUACUUGAGCAAAAUAGUGACCUACAACAGGAUCAUAUCCUUACUUGGCUUGUCCGUCUGCAACACAUACUCAACGAAUACGAAGGAUUACAUAGAAGCUAUAAGAAGCCCAGCUCCUCUGACCAGAAUGAACACCAACGCACCUUCGUCCGCAUUGGCCUCGAGACACAGCUACGGGAUUUCCAGAGCAGGAUCCCUAGCCACCUCUCGACUACACCGAAUAUUCUAAUGUCGUCACUCGCAGCCGAUACUUACAUCCUCGCAGCGCCGCUAAUGCAGAUUUUCCAUCCUCGUUCAAGCGACGCCGAGAACCCCUUAAUCGACGCCGCCAAGCUGCAGGCCGCCACAUACACGACGCGAGCCUUCCUCGACUACACCGUGACUAUUUCCGCAGAGCAAAUGGGCUAUUUCAGCAGCGUUGACAUCGGCCGGCUCAUCCUAAUCAUCAUCCUCGCAUACCGGCUCUCCUUCCCCAUUCCGUCGUGUCCGAGCUACGACUACGUCCAGGGCAGGAAAACACUCGAUUUCGGCGCCGUCCUGGCUAAACUGUCUACCAUCGACAACAACGACGGCGACGGAAAAGACGCUAUUACUGAUAAGAACUCUAAGAAAGUCGAUGUCGUCACCGCUUUUAAGGUCGUCCUAGGAUCCCUCAGGGCCAAGUUCGAGAAGAAGAGCGCGGACCUGGAGGCUGCGGCGGCCGCGGCGGAGGAGAGCAGGAGAGCGCGUCAGUGUCCUAUGUUCGAUGGGAGUCUGGAUCAGUAUAUACCCCUAUGGGAAGGGCAGCAGAGUAACAUGAACUUCGCCGGUUCAUCGUACGCGACGUCGUCGCUGAACGGGGGUUCGGCGGCGGCGGCGGCGAAUCUGGCUGGCUCGGCGGCUGGACUGGGAUCCGCGGAUGGGCUUGCGAAGCCGACUGUUUUUCAUGAUUUGUGGGCGACGAUGACGAUGGGAUGGGCUACGGAUGGAGACGCAGGUGUGUGUAUGGAGCAGGGGGUUGACAUGAUGGGAUUAGGGGAUGCGGAGGAGUAUGUCGAUAUCGUGGGUGUGGGGGAUAUACAACACUAG